GUACCGCUGUAGCGCUGGUGUUCUACCGGUGCUUUCCCCGCCAUGGCGCCGCCGGGCUCAGCCCCACCACACCCCUCCGAGCCUCGCUAGCCUAAGCCGAGCCGCCGUCAUGAGUGCGCGGCAGCCGGACGCUCCCGCGCUGGAGCAGGGCGGCGGCCCCCGCCCGGGCAAGAUAUCGCUGCCUGUCGGCGUGCCGCGGCGGGCCUUCAGCUACGACGAGGGCUUGGAGGACACGGCGCCCAUGACUCCGCCGCCCGCCGACCUGUGCGCCAGCGUCCUCUGGAAGCAGCCGGUCAUCCCCGAGCGCAAGUACCAGGAGCUCUCGAAGAUCGAGGAGGGGGAUGCUAACAUGAAUGCAUCCAUCAUAACUCCAUCAUUGUCUACAGAAAGUGUGAACAAGGUACCUGUGGUGAAGGCCAAGGCCACUCACAUCAUCAUGAACUCUCUCAUUACAAAGCAGACUCAGGAGAGCAUCCAGCGCUUUGAGCAGCAGGCAGGGCUGAGGGAAGCUGGCUACACCCCUCACAAAGGCCUCACUACUGAGGAGACCAAGUAUCAUCGAGUGGCUGAGGCAGUCCACAAGCUGAAAAUGCAGAAUGGAGAGAUGACAAAAGAUGACAAGCAGAGUUCUUCUGCUCAGUCUACUCCAAGCAGCACUCCCCAGUCUUCUCCCAGGCAUAAAAACAGGAGUUGGUUUAGUCAGGGAUCCUCUACUUCUCUAACUGGUCUAGACUUUACCAUGGAAACUGGUGGGGACAAAUUACCAUCUGAAAGAUGGAGCUUUUUUGGACCCAAAACCAUCCAGAAAUCCACCAAUGAUCCAGGAGGAUUUACCAUCCAGUCCUAUAAGGGUGCCCAGAAGCCAUCCCCAAUGGAGCUGAUGCGUGCUCAGGCUACUAGGAUGUCAGAGGAUCCAGUCACCUUCAAGCCACCCAAAAUGGACACUUCAGUCACAGAAGGGAGGAAACAAUCUCCACGGUCCCAUAAUAUCAAACCUCGGGAUCUGAAUGUGCUGGCUCCCACUGGGUUCUAGGAAGAAUGCUUCUGGUGUCUUUAGCAUCCUACAGGGUGGCUUAGGCUCUGCUUCCUUGUCCCAUUGUGCUGCAGUAAAAUAGGAAAAUCUCCCUUCCAGCUCUUCAUCUCAAAAGAGGGCACAGUUGUGAAUGUCCUCCUAAAGCCAGUCUUGCAAAAACCCCUGCACUAGUACAAAACCAAUGUAAACCAUCCUGUUUGCUGUGCUGCACCAGUUUGGUCUGCUAGGCUGCACUAGCUGUGCUUCCUGGUACACUACACUGCAUUAGAACCUGGAAUCAUGUGUUGUGGGACAGUCCUGCAUGUAGUGUGCAAGCAGGCUGGCUUGGCUACGUGUAGUCUGAUUGUCUUGUCCUGCUCAGUGCUGAAGUACCCUUGGGAGGACUGUGGUUCUAUGUGGCAUGUGCAGAACACCAGCAGAAAACGAUGGAAACAAUCAAAGACUAAAAACUGGACCAUUAACUGCCAGGAGGAAGUUGCUCUGGGAAUGUGGAGGGUCAGUUUUAGAUGUGGUGCUCCCUUUACUAUCCAAUGUGACCUUACAGUUUGACACCUUGUAAUUCCUUGUCCUUGGAUUGUAUUUUUUUCCUUUUGUAAGGAAAAGAGGAACAGUGACCAUUCUGAGAUGCAAUUACUGGAAAGAUAGGGAGCAGAAUCUAAUGGGGCUUGGCAAUAACGAGGAAGAAUCGCUUCUCUUCCAACUCUUCAUGUUCUUCCAAAAAGGUGGAAAUGACCAGAGCUGGUUUGGCUUGAACUGAGUAAUCUUCCUCUUUUCUUUCUGUGAAACAACACUGUCCUGCCCUAGACAACAGACCUGCAGAUGUUCUGGCAAUCUGACUGCUGCUUGAUUUAUUUGCUGUGUGGUUUUUUUACCCCCUAGCAUCUUAAUCUGAAUUGUGUAGGUCUGGGGCACUUCUCAGUUAGGUUUUUUGCUUCAUCAGCAUUAAAUACAUUUUGCAGGGCUGGGGGAGCAGAUCAAGGCUAAACAUUCCUCCCUGCUGUGGUACUGCUGUAUGUAAAUUUUGGUCUAGUCAGCACCAGUUACUGGGAACAGCCAGUGCUUGCUUUCCUGAGAAGUGGCAGGAACUCCUGGCAGCCAUCUAAUUCCUUAAGCAUUAGAGGUAGUGUUGGUCUAAUCUUCACCUGUCCUGUGGCAAAUGGGUCUCCUUUUGAUCUCACGAUUAUGUUGCAGAGCUGCCUCAGCCAGCAGCAGGCUUUCUGUAGUGGUGAGGUGGCAGCAGCAGCCUUGCAUCUGGUACUGGAAGAUUCUGGACAUUUUACAGAGGUUACUUAACAGCUGGUAACUGUUGAGUUCUGUGGAUUCUGCCUCCUUAAACCAAACAUUCCUCCUGGAGGGUGAGGCAGGGAUGGCUCGCUUGGCUGCUGUCUGCUCUGAAGAAGCAUGUUUUGUGGCUCUGGUUCCUCUCCAGCUUCAGCAGUGCUACUGAUGAUGCGUUGUGUUCUAAGUCUCCCACUCAGCCAAGCAGUUGUCACUGUGGCCGCUCAUUUGCACCUUGGCAAUCAGUCUCAUUUGACAUUAAUUUAUUUGUUGUCUGUAUUCAUGUCUCUAAUGUGUAUGAUUUAUUUUUUUUGUUACAAGAAAAAUAAAAUCCCUGUGAAUGGAGGUCCAGCAGCUCGACCAGAGUUCCACUCCCA